GUACUUGGGUCAGCACGCGCCAUUGUUGAGAACGUCGUAGAGAUACUAUGACUUGUUAAAAUUGUUUAUAUCUUAAGACGUUAUAUUGCUGCGGCUGAGGUCAGACAACAUAAAUUAGCACCUGGAUAAACAGUUUCGCAACUCAACAGAGAUGGCACAGCGGGUCUCUGUGAAUGAUGCUGCUGUUGGAUCCAAACGGACUUCUCGAGUUCGUGUGGCGGUUCGGUUGAGACCCUACAUGGACAAACAGGAUGAAAAAGGAGAAGGGCCCUGUGUCAGGGGCCUGGGGCCGCAAAAGCUGGAGAUAAUCAACUGGAGGAACGCCACCGAGACUCUUGAAUACCAGUUUGAUGUGUUUCAUGGUGAACAGACCACUCAGCAGGAAGUGUUUUUGACAUCAGUUAAACCCAUCCUCCCACACAUCCUCAGUGGACAGAAUGCCAGUGUCUUUGCCUAUGGACCCACUGGAGCAGGAAAGACCCACACUAUGCUCGGCAGUCAAGAGCAGCCAGGGAUUAUUCCCAGAGCAGUCAGAGAGGUUUUCAAUCUGGUUGAAGCACAGAAAAAGGAGCAGGAUGGAUGGGAAUACUUUGUUGCGAUGUCCUACCUGGAAAUUUACAAUGAAAAGGUGCUGGACCUGCUGUCCCCAGGUUCCCAGGACUUGCCGAUUCGGGAAGACAAGGACAGAAACAUCCUGAUUCCAGGGCUAACACACACACCCCUCUCAUCCUUCACCGACUUUGACACCCAUUUCAUCCCUGCGAGUCUGAACCGCACCACGGCCUCUACUAAACUCAACCAGCGCUCCAGCCGCAGUCACGCUAUCCUCCUCAUAAAGGUAGUGAAAUCUCAGCGUGGACCACCGCACAGACAACAAACAGGAAAGCUGUAUCUGGUUGACCUUGCAGGUUCAGAGGACAAUCGGCGCACAGGAAACCAGGGCAUUCGUCUGAAAGAGAGUGGAGCCAUCAAUCUGUCCCUCUUCACCCUCAGUAAAGUGGUGGAUGCUUUGAACGCAGGGGCUGGGGGCCGUGUGCCCUACAGAGACAGUAAACUCACCCGUCUGCUGCAGGACUCUCUGGGAGGUUCAGCGCAUUCAGUCAUGAUCACGAACAUUGCGCCGGAGUACAGCUACUACUUUGACACCUUCUCCGCCCUCAACUUUGCUGCCAAGUCAAAGCAGAUCGUGAAUCGGCCCUUUGUCAGGGAAACUGUGGUGGUCCCUGUUAUCGUUCCUGGCAAGAGAGCCAGAGAGGAGCAGGAGGCUGGAGGUUCUGGUGAUCCCCAAAUCAAGAGGUCAAAGCAGGGGAAAAAAGCGGAGCAGCCACCAUCACCACCCACACAACCACACAGUUCACCAGAUUCAUCAGUUCUGGAAAGACUGCUUGCACUCGAGAAGAUGAUGAUGGGCUCUGCAGAGAGAGAACGACUCGACCUGCUCAAAACAGUGGCCCAGUCCCGCAAAGAGAUUCAGAUGUUGAAAGAGAAACAGAAGGAGUUGGAGGACAAGGCAAACCCGUUUAAAAAGCAGGAUGGAGUGACAGAGAAAGAGUCCAAAGAUGGUCUUCUAUUUAAGACAGAUCUUCCCCCUCUGCACAGAAAACAAUCUACAGCGACUAAACCACGCAAACAGCAGGCAGUUGUUACACCACUACAGCUCUCUCAGGUGCAGCCCUUGCUGCACUCUGUUUUGGUGUGUAAACCCUCACAAACCCUGGAAAAGAAGAAACGUGUCAAAGCUGAGAUUUGUGAGGGAAAAGAGAAUGGAGGCGUGGACCACUCCUCAGCUGAAGAUGUGAACUGGGAGUCCCAUCUGGACUCUGCGUUACUGGAGCAGUCCAGGAAGAAAAUCCUGCAGACACUGAACUCUGGCUCCCUGAAAGAACUUAAGAGCCUGCAGCUUAUAGGAGACAAGAAGGCCAAGCUGAUCAUGGGCUGGAGAGAAAUCCAUGGGGAAUUCACACAGGUGGAGGAACUGAAGAAAAUUGAAGGCAUUACAGUUAAACGUUUCUCUUCCUUCAUAAAGGCCAAUAUUCUCAGCAGUAUGGGAAAGUGAGGUGUGUGGAGGGACAGUUUCAGAAGAGAAGACCUUGUAUACUUUUGUGUUUUUAUUUUUUUUAGUUCUUGUUUUACUCAUUUUAAUGUAUAAAGGUGUUGUACAUUUUUACCCCCUAAGCACCUGUGUGUACUUUGCUCUUGUUUUCUUUCCUUCCUGCAUACUUGAAAUAUUUCCCUUUUUGUAUGAAUUCCCCCCCCCCCUACACACACCACUUUUUUUUUUUUUUUUUUAAUUGUAAUUUUUUAUGUGGCACCAAAUAAAUGCAUCACAUAAAUAUGGCGAUCAGUUAUGUUUCACCUGACAUGAGUGCAAUGCAUGCAUAUUAAAUGUGUUUUAUUUAACUAAUUUUUCAUUUGUGUUUUUAAACUCCCAGUUUGUCUUCUGGGUGAAGCAUCCACAUUCACACACCUUAUUACAUUAGUGUAAUUUGUUUAAAUCAACAUCUCAUUUUGCACAGUCUACUUAGACUUUUUGUAAAAAAAGAAAUAAAAAUGUACUCCAAAAAUGUAUAAUUUUGUAUAAAAGCCUCUUUUCAAAGUCUAUUGCAUUAGUGAUUUGAGAUUUGCAAAUUUCUCACUGAAACGUGCGCUCAAAUUGUUCAAGGAAUAGAUAACGUGAAAUUAAAUUGUCAGUUUUCUCACCCACUUGAGUUGAGAACUUCUGGUGUUUGGUGCUAAAAAUGUUCUCAAGUGAGCAUACAUGUUACUGUGAGUAAGCUCUGUUCAUGAACGCACAACAGACAUCAAGAUUUUCACUGUAAAAUUACUUUAAUUCCCUUUUGUUUCUCACCAAAACCAAUAAUUUCCUUCAGAAGAUUUGGAAUAUGACGCAUAUGCUAGCUUUAUAAUUGGGCCCUUUUUUAAGCUUUUAAAAUGAGCCACUAUCCACUGCUGUGUUGUAGAUGGCCCAAGAUAUUCAUUGAAACAUCUCUUUGUGUUCCAAAUAAACAAGGUAGUCAGGAACGGCAUACGGGUAAAUUACAUCCAUUUUUAUUUUUGGUGAACUACAAUAUUCCUUUUGUUCUAAUAAUUUCAUGAUGAUCUUAAGUCUUAAAGUAUACUGAACUCUUUUAAACUCCCAUGAUAUUGUUUCAAAUCU